AUGAUCAAUUCACUGUGUGGAAGCUCAGUGUCCCUCAAGAGUGAGAACUCAAGAACCAAACUCCAACCCACUUCCUCAAACGAUUCAGUUUUGCAGUCUAAGAAAAAUGCCACUCAAUCUUCUCUUGAUUUAGAGCAAACUAGUCUAACCCCACCAAGCUUAAACCUUCCUUCACUCAAAUUUGACUUAGAUGGAGAUGUGGAAGUUCAAUCACCAGAUAGUUCAAUGUGGGAAUCAUUUUUUGCCGAUCAAUUAGAUGCGGAUUUCAUGAUCUCUUCCCCAGUGAGGAACGUUCCUUCCCCACAAGCCUCUACCUACAACUGCAACUACAAUUAUGCUCAAGGAAUGCAAGGUCAAAGCCUAUCAGGGUGUUCCCCACCUCGUUUUUCAUCAUCCCAAAUUGGAGCCUUCAACAGUGGCCACAAAGGGAAGGGACUAAGCCCACUCCACAGGGUGUUUAACUCUCCAAACAAUCAAUUUAUGCAGCAUGUUGAAAACCUUUCACUGCCAGCAAUAGAAGAGUUCUUGGAGGAUUAUCAAGGAGAUGGGUGUGGUUAUUCAUCAACCAAGGUGUCUUCUGAUAUUGGAAGUUCAUUUGACAUGUCAACGCAGAUUCCAUCCAUAUUGGAUAGCUUAACAAUGCCCAAUUCCUCAAGGUAUUGUGGAUCAGUUAGUGAGGACUCCUCAGUGCAUGGUGGUGGUGGUGGUUCAUCUCAACUGUCCCAAGAAAGUGACAUGUAUCAUCAUCAGAUGGGGUCUAUGGCUAGUGCAUCACUGUCCCAAGCUCUACAACAAGAACGCUACCAUGAGAAAAAGCAAAAGCAGCAACAGCAAGAGACUUUGAUGCUGCCUAUUCCAAUAGGAAUCGAGCAGGAGCAAGACAGCGGGCUUCAACUGGUGCACCUGUUGCUAGCAUGUGCAGAGGCAGUGGCGAAAGAAGAAUACAUGUUAGCUAGAAGGUACCUACAUCACCUCAACAGAGUGGUAACACCUUUGGGAGACUCAAUGCAACGCGUGGCAGCAUGCUUCACAGAAUCCCUAACGGCAAGACUUACCACAACAAAACCCCAACAAUCACAACCAUCACCAUCACCAUCACCAUCACCCUCAAACUCCCUGGAAGUCCUCAAAAUCUACCAAAUCGUAUACCAAGCUUGCCCCUACAUCAAAUUCGCCCACUUCACCGCAAACCAAGCCAUCUUUGAAGCCUUCGAAGGCGAAGAACGCGUCCACGUCAUCGACCUCGACAUCCUCCAAGGUUACCAAUGGCCAGCCUUCAUGCAAGCCCUCGCCGCACGCCCCGCCGGAGCUCCGUUCCUCCGAAUCACCGGCGUCGGUCCUUCCGCCGAUGCCGUCAGAGAAACCGGCCGUUGUUUAACGGAGUUAGCCCACUCCCUCCGCAUCCCCUUCGAAUUUCACGCCGUUGGCGAACAGUUACAAGACCUCAAGCCCCACAUGUUCAACCGAAGAGUCGGCGAGGCUCUCGCCGUUAACGCUGUUAACCGCCUGCACCGUGUCCCUAAUAACCACCUCGGAAACUUACUCACGAUGAUAAGAGACCAAGCACCCAACAUUGUAACGCUGGUUGAGCAAGAAGCGAGCCAUAAUGGGCCUUAUUUUCUAGGAAGGUUUUUGGAAGCGUUGCAUUAUUAUUCAGCCAUUUUUGAUUCGUUGGAUGCGACUUUUCCUCCUGAUUCGGCGCAGCGUGCGAAGGUGGAACAGUAUAUAUUUGCCCCUGAGAUAAGGAACAUUGUUGCGUGUGAGGGAAUUGACAGGAUUGAGAGGCAUGAGAGGUUGGAGAAAUGGAGAAAGGUGAUGGAAGGGAAAGGCUUUAAGGGUGUGGCUCUUAGUCCUAAUGCGGUUACUCAGUCGAAGAUUUUGUUGGGUUUGUAUUCGUGUGAUGGGUAUAGAUUGACAGAGGAUAAAGGGUGCUUGUUGCUUGGGUGGCAAGAUAGGGCCAUUGUAGCUGCGUCUGCAUGGCGGUGCUGA